UUCUUCACAGGACACGGCGAGGGGGCGCCAGCGUUCAGCUGUCCCCGCCACUGCUGCCUUCAUGAGUUUCCGUGAGGUGGAGUGUACGGUGGACCAGGAUGUCCUGAUCAUCGACGGGAACCCAGAUGAGAACACGGGAAUCCCCGUCAGUAACAUCACUGUUGCCAUUAGCAACGACGGUCGUCUGAAUAGCGACAUGCUUCAGGUCACCAUCUACGACUCCCACUGUCAGGAGUGUGACGAAACAGGUGUCUGUCGGCCUAAGGUAAACGCUUGCGAGAUCAAAGGAUUCUGCUACUCCGUCAAUGGAAGCCACCCUGCGGACAACUCUCGGUACUGCAGUCCGUCUGUUAACCGCAGUGGCUGGACUUACAGACCGGAUAAACUGCAGCCCAAGUACAUAGUCGGCAUUGCAGUAGGUACAGCUGUUGGUACAGUUGUUCUCGUGCUGGCCGUGGCCUUCAUCUUGAAGACAAAGAAGCAGAAGAGGAGUGUCUCUGCCGGCUGCCCGCCUAACAUCCGGCGGAGGGACCAGUUACAGCCCCGGAUAGCAGAGUUUGUGCUACACAGACUACAUCGCAGGGAGCAGUUCAGGAUAGACGGCUGGUUGUCUUGA